AUGAACACCACGGUGAAAGAAGCUGUCGCCCGCUGCCAGUUACCAAGCUGCGCGUGGCUCUCUUCAACUAAUCUGACAAACCUCACCAAUGUGCCACCUCUCUUGCCAGAUUCGGAUCUUUCGGGCAUCGGAGUCAUCUUGGGUUUCUCGAUCUCAGCAUACCUCACAUUACUCCUACUCAUCAUCCACUACAUCACUGUCCACAACGUCCACCAAACAAAGAGCACAGCAAACAUCCGCGUCAAUGCAGUCGACCAUCGAUUCCUCACUUUUAUACGCUCACGUAUCUUCUCAUGGACCCCCAGCCGACGCUUCCAGUACGCCGUUGAAAAGUCCGUCCUCAUCCUUAGCGACCUGAACCUAGUCACUGGCACCGCGAUCCUCGUCGCCGGCUACUCGCAGUUGAGAUGUGAUGUGUCCCGCACAUGCCUUCGGACCUUACCUGGAACGAAGUUCAAGCAGUUCCUCAGCUUCCUGGAGAGGAAGACACUACCUCCUACGAUUGAGGCCUACGUCUGGCACCUACCAUACCUACUCUCAUAUGCUGGCUUCGUAACCGUCCGGGUCUCCUACGAUGUCUUCGAGUCAAUGCUAUUGGAGAUCCUCUGGUUGGCAUUUGCAAUGGCAUGGGGAACCAUCAAAGUCUGGGAUACACGCGCCGCAGCCUCAUGGAACUAUGACGGCUACAACUUUACUCUCAACCAGAAAAUUUCUGAGGAGAAUUCCUGGGGGUUUGGCCAGACUUUACCGUUAAUCCUGCUUCUACUACCACUUCUCUCAAUGGCCCAGGCGUACCUUGAUGACGACGCAAAGGCUCAAGAGACCCUGCGAACGGAUGAGGACACAUCCUCCCCGCCUGGAACGGCGGCGACCCAAGAGAUGGAGGAUCCGAGCGCUGUAGACCCAGACCCGUUCGUGCCUCAGAACUGUAAUCGGCUUGUCAACCUUCCAACAUACCCCUACGAGAGCUUCGCCUCACACGACUGGUAUCACGAUCACCUGGUCCUCCUGGUCUCACAGAUCAUCAUGAUCAGCACCGUCGCGCUUUUCUUUCUCACGCGCUUAGCAGACAUCUUCGGCAUCUCCUCCAUCCUACGUAGUAGGCUCUUCGUUAUCUGGAUCCUAGCUAUCUUACCGCUGGCGUCGUUCAUUCACCUGGCAGCAUGGUAUCUUGCAGCUUUAGUGGUCGGAGAGGGCAAGUGGUGCACUGGAUAUGGCGAGCGGGACUCAUAG